UUAAAAUCUUAUAUCUUUCUUCCGAUUUACACAUUACAUCUUAUCUUCCCCACAUCAUAAAGACCCCCAUCAGUUAUUACACAUCUUAUAGUCUUCAUUCUUCAUUACACCUACCAGAUCUGAGAUCCCACCAAGAUCUAGGCAUCAAGAUGAUGUUUAACAAAUUCCAGAAGCUGCAGAAUCUUCACACAGACAAAACUGAAUGGACCAUACGCGCUCGAGCUCAGUCCAUCUGGGAGGGGAUUAAUCGUACAACUAAUGAAUUUAAAGGACUGAAUGUCAUGUUAAUUGAUGAUUCGAGUACUCGAAUUCAUGCUUUUUUGAAUGCAAAGAUAUCUGAUUUUUUCAAAGAAGAUCUGAAGGAAGGCAACAUCUAUCGUAUAUCUAAUUUUCAUGUCAAAAAGUAUGAAGGACCCGAAAAGAAUAGGGUAGUUCGAAAUGAGAAACACAUAUACUUUGACAACUACACAAAAUUGGUUGCAGAGAAAACAAAUGCCACCUUUUUCCCCACCUAUGCUUUUGAUUUAUAUGAUCUUGAAGAUGCUUCGAGAUUUGUCACUGAUGAACGUUUUCUGAUAGAUGUGGUUGGUGUGAUAACAAACAAAAAUGUGGAACGUGUAUACUCAAAAGAUGACAACACUAGAUCGCACAUCCGAUUUGUCAUUACUGAUGGAAGUUGUGAGUUGAGGGUGACUUUCUUCAACGAACUUGCUGAGCAACUUGAGAAACAAUUGAAACAUACCGCUGAAGAACAAGUUACCAUCAUAAUUGCAAGUGCGAAAGUGAAUCAACACGAGGGAUCGACAUGUCUGAACAACUAUCCAGCCACCAGAUUUUAUCUAAAUCCAGACCACUACAGUGUCAAAAUUCUGAAGACAAGAUUGGCUGCUUUUCCACUAAACACAACAUCUAUAACUGUUGAAGAAGAGUACAUCGAAGAAGUGAUAGAUGACAAAAUCUACACAAUUUCAGAGAUAAAGAAGUUUACUGCUCAAUGCAUUCAGAAAAAGUAUAAAUGCCAAGUUAGUGUGAAGAAAGUGGAGGAGAAGACAAAUUGGUAUGACAAUGUCUGUACAUCCUGUGAUGAAGAGGUUAAUAUUGUUGAAGGGAGGUAUAAAUGUGACAACUGUAAAAGAAAUAUCCCUUUUCCUGAUAAGAGAUUUCGAUUGGCUACCGUCUGCAACGACUCUACUGGCUACCUUGGGAUUGUUUUUCCGGAUGAAGAGAUUCAACGAAUCACUGGCAAAAAUGUUUUUGAUAUUGAAAAUGACAGCACUCAAGUUGGAGACUCAAUAUCUUUUCCUCCACUGCUAAAGGCUUUCGAAAAGAAAGAAUUUAUUGUUACUUUGAUCAUAGGGGAAACCAAUGUGCAUAAUUCAUGUAAUGUUUACCUCGCUCAUGCAAUUGAUGAGCCUCCUGAAAUGCUAGGAGACCAUGUUCCUGGUGAAGUGGUUCCUGCGAACUCUAAGCAAGAUUCCAUUUCCAUGAAUUUGGAAGAGACAUUAAACCGUGCAUCCGAUAGUCCAGCAACUGAGAAGUCCACAAACAAGCAGAGACCACGUAAGAAAACUGAAACUGUGCCAUUUGAGACUGAGGAAAAUGUUAAGAAAAGAAAGACAGUGAAGAAAGACAUUGACUAAAAUCGGAAUCUCAUAGCUUACAAUUUCUACAGAGGAAAGAAUUCAUGUUUUUGUCAUGGCCCUUCUUUUGGCUCCUCUUAUGUCUUCUAAUAUAUUAUGCAAACCUUUAUUUUUGGUGAACACAGAACUGCUAUUCAUAUCCCAGCUUAUGUUAUUUUGCCAGCCUCUACUGUAAGAAAUAUUGUCGCUACAAUUAAUACACUCCAAUUCUAUGAAUUGUUGUAUCAA